AUGAUCAUCGCACGGGUGUACAUCGUCCGCCAUGGCGAGACCGAAGAGAAUAGACUCGGGAUUAUGCAGGGCCAACUCGACACCAAGCUCAAUGCUCUGGGGGUUAAACAGGCCCAGCUCGCGGCGGGCGCACUAGAACGAGUGCCUUUCGACAAGGCAUACAGCAGCGAUCUUGAUAGAGCGGCAAAGGUGCAGUACGCAUUGACGGCGGAGAUUAUCUUACAGGCACAUCCGGGCGUAGUUCUGGAGAAGGAGGUAGCGUUGAGAGAGAGAAACUUAGGGGAUUGGCAAGGACACAAGCUUGAUAAUCGUGGAUCGCCUCCCGCGAAUAUUGAACCUUUAACUGACUUUACUCUACGCGCCGCACGGUGGUGGACCGACACGAUCAUAGCCCGCGUUGUCUCUAUGAGGUCCGAGUCCGAUGGGAGGAAAGGCCAAAUCGAGCCUUCCUGCGCUUUGGUUGUCUCCCAUGGAGGAUAUAUUUCGAGACUCAUCGAAGGGUUGGCGCUGACCGGCAGAAUCAAGUAUGCGGGAGACGUGAAGGUCAACACCAAGUGCUGGAAUGCAUCGAUCUCUGUUGUUGAUGUGGAUGAAUACGGUCAGGGGGUGCUGAUAGCAUAUUCAGACACUACGCACCUUAAGGGAGGGUUCAUUGACGGGCUUGCGGAUGCAUAUGAGCAGUAG